AUGACAACGGUGGGGGUGAUGCCUGGUUCCAAGUACGAUUGGUUUCUCACCAGCUUGAGCAAUCUGCUUGCAUCCCACAAACGGAAUGCAGUUGGGAUAGUGCUCCAUUGCAAUCGGGCAUCGGACACGGGGAGGAGGGCUGAGAAAAAGGAGAAGAUCGAGAAAGAUGAGGACGACGACGUGAAGGAGGAAGACCAGGAGAAGGACGAGGACGAAGACCACGAGGAGGAGGACGACAUAGACAAGGAAAACCCCGAAGAGGCAGAUAUCCGGGAUAUGCGACACAAGCUUGAGAAAGCUCUGGCAGCAACCUCGCGCAACCUUUGUGUCAAGGAUUUGACUUGGGUCUUCGACAAGGCAUCCGUCUAUGGGAAGCGGGAUGCCUGCCUUCAUGGACUGGUGAUCAUUCAUCGGGACAAGUUGAAUAUCUUCAAGAACAGUGCUGCGUGGAAGCAUGGCUUGAUUCGCGAUUGCAUGAUGCUGGCCCGGUCGCAAAUGUACAAACCGGAAGCAACUUCUGCGGUGCCACAUUUGGGGCGAUCUUUCACAUGCGCCCAAGAGCUGCGGCAGGUGGGUGGUGGCACGGAUAUUAUCCACAAGACCCUGAGUGCAUUCCUACCAGAAAGUGUCAGCACAUGCCUCAUGGUUGAUUUGCACUGCUACGAUUGUUGGCCGGCAAUGGCGGCACUCGAGGCAUGCACAGAGAACCGUCGCGUCCUUUGUGCCAACAUCGUCUUGGACAAGGAUCCUGGCACAUUGGAGCAAAGGUUGGCCAACCGAGUCUAUGAGUCUUGCCGUGCAGGAACCCUGAAGGUGACUGGAUUCCCUCAGUUUGCUCCAGUGAUUGCCGCUCUACAGAAUGUGCAGGCAACUUCCAAUGCUCAGGAGUACCAGGUGACAGUGAAGAAACAUGACUGCCUAGUCGUACUCCAGAGCUUGUCAGAGAAAUGGCUUUCAACAGAGUUCAAGGAUGCAACUACUGCAGAAAUCGAGUCCCACAAUGAAAAGUUCAACCAGGGUGGUGAGUACUGGCAUCAGGAAGAACAAAGGACCAAUGAUGAGGGGGGCAGACCUCUCAAGCGGAUCCGACUGGAAGAGUCAGAGAUGGCCAAGGAGGCUGAUGUGGUCAACCUGCCAAAUCCGCACACCUUUCAGAUCAACAACUGCGCAGAGAUGGUUUGCAGCCAGGAAGGAACCCCUGUUUUCCUGGUGUCCCGCAACAAGAACCAAUUUAUUGUUGGCCGCGAAUUGUUCAGCUUCGGAAGUGGAGACUGGCGCACUGGGCACGACGCUCAAGAACUGAUGUCCGAGAGCUGCGGACGGUGGUUCAGUUUUUCUGUGGGGCCUCAGACCGUGGUCCUGCUGGAGCGGAAAAACUUACCGGACCAUGUGUCUUCUUUGCCCUCUGUCAACUCACCUUGCCCACUAUCUGCUGUGAUGAGGGAAUUGGAAGAUGCAGGGGAGGUGAAGCUGGCGGUGACACACCACGCGCUUACUGGCGAGACUCUGGAGUGCACGAAGCCGCUGGUGUUCUUGUUGGAUCCUCCCAAAAAUCGGGAAGAGAGUGGUAAAUCAUCAAGGAAGAAGCAGAAGAAAUCGGGGGGAUUGACAGAUAAGAACUUUGGCUCGGUGGUGGACAUUGCCCAGUUCAAGAAAGCAAAGCUGCUGACACUGGGGUGGCGUAUGAGGUUGGACACCACCGACACUUCUGGUGUCAAGACGCUCGUCCCCAUCCGUCCCAUUGCAUGCCUCACCGGGACAUUGGACCUCGGCACAACCGUCGUGAAGCUGUUCUAG